UAAUUCAAUUAGAAAAAUAAAGAAAUUAUAUUAUUUAUUUAUUUUAACAGAGGAAAUCCCCAAACGAGAGCUUUCUCUGCAACUUUACUUUUUCUAUCUUAUUUUCUCGUUCUCCAAACACCAAAACCCUAAAUCCCCAAAAUGACAACAAUCAGUCUCCGCAAAGGUAACACCAGGCUUCCACCGGAGGUCAAUCGAGUUCUCUACGUGAGAAAUCUUCCAUUCAACAUCUCCAGCGAAGAGAUGUACGACAUUUUCGGCAAGUACGGAGCCAUACGCCAAAUCCGAAUCGGUACCAACAAGGACACUCGCGGCACUGCUUUCGUUGUCUACGAAGAUAUCUACGAUGCCAAGACUGCCGUCGACCACCUCUCCGGCUUCAAUGUCGCUAAUCGUUACCUCAUCGUGCUUUAUUACCAGCAAGCUAAGAUGAGCAAAAAGUUCGAUCAGAAGAAGAAGGAGGAAGAGAUUGCUAGGAUGCAAGAGAAGUAUGGUGUCUCUACUAAAGAUUAGAUUAGCAAACCAGUAAUUUCUCUGAAUGUAAUCAUAUGAUUAAAUCUAGGGUUUAGUGGAUUUGUUAUGCUAUUUCUAAUGAUAUGUGAAGAACGAGAUUAUGCUCUGUUAGAGCAGUUUUUUUUCAAUCUUUCAUACAUAUAUAAUCUCUACUUAAAAA